UGAACAAAGUAAAAAGAAGGGAUUAUUACUAGUGAGUCGGCAUUUAGCUCAGAGGACAGGCGCAGUUCAUACAGCUGGAUAUAGGUCCUCUGGAAAGUACCCUACCUUUCAUCUCUCCCCCUGCUACUUUGAAAUUGGGCAUUUUUUUAGAACAAUGUCACUGCGGAGGUGUGUAUUGUUGAUUACUUUAUGUGCCACGGUGGUGCACUCGCAGUUUCCAAGAGAAUGCAUCUCUGUACAGGGUCUCCAAAGCAGGGAGUGCUGUCCAUCACUGAGUGGAGACCCAGGAGAUCUCUGCGGCUCCAGCGCUGGACGGGGCCAGUGUGUGCAGGUGAACGCUGACGGGCGGCCCCAUGGACCGCAGUACACGCAGGACGGACGGGAUGACCGUGAGAGAUGGCCACUUGCUUUCUUCAACCGCACCUGUCAAUGCAAUGGGAACUUCUCCGGGUAUAACUGUGGUCGGUGUAAGCACGGGUAUGACGGUGAGAACUGUGACCAACUUCUUGUUGCAGUGAGGAGGAAUGUUAUGGAACUGAGCGUGGACGAGAAAAGGCGUUUUGUGAGUGCAUUAGACCGGGCCAAGCGCACUGUGCAACCCGACUUUGUCAUUGCGAGUAGACGUUAUCCUGAGAUCUUCGGACCAGAUGGCAACACUCCACAGUUUGAAAAUAUUUCAAUUUACAAUUUCUUUGUGUGGUCUCAUUAUUACUCUGUCAGCAAAACAUUCCUUGGAGCAGGGCAGCAGAGUUUUGGAGGUGUGGAUUUUUCACAUGAGGGACCAGGCUUUCUCACCUGGCACAGAUAUCACCUUCUGCAGCUUGAAAGGGAUAUGCAGGACAUGCUGCAGGACCCAUCCUUUGGACUCCCCUACUGGAACUUUGCCAUUGGCGGGAACAACUGUGAUAUCUGCACCGAUGACUUGCUUGGGGCCAGAAGCAACUUUGUGGCUAACACAAUCAGUUCAAACUCUGUCUUCUCUCAGUGGCGAAAUCUUUGUGAAAGUGUUGAAGACUAUGAUACUCUUGGGACUAUAUGUAACAACACAGAGGGAGGACCUAUUCAAAGAAAUCCAGGUGGGAAUGUUGCCAGGCCCAUGGUGCAGCGCCUCCCUGAACCACAAGAUGUCUCUGCAUCUUUAGAAGUGGGCCUGUUUGACACAUCGCCUUUCUAUUCCACUUCAUCAGAGAGCUUCCGAAAUACUGUAGAGGGAUACAGUACACCUUCAGGGAAUUAUGAUCCACUGGUCCGCAGCUUGCAUAACCUGGCUCACCUGUUUCUGAAUGGAACUGGAGGACAAACCCAUGUGUCACCCAAUGAUCCCAUCUUUGUCUUGUUGCAUACUUUUACUGAUGCAAUUUUCGAUGAGUGGUUGAGAAGGCAUAAUCCCGAUGUGACUGCUUACCCUUUGGAAAAUGCUCCAAUUGGUCACAACAGGCAGUAUAACAUGGUUCCGUUUUGGCCUCCAGUAACCAAUGUUGAGAUGUUUGUAACUUCUGAUAACCUCGGGUACUCGUAUGAGGUUCAGUGGCCAGGUCGUCCUUAUACCAUGACUGAGAUAAUAACCAUCGCAAUUGUAGCAGCGCUGAUUUUGGUUGCAAUCAUUUUUGCUGCUACCACAUGUGCUGUGCGUGCAAGAUCGUACAGCCAUGGUAAAAAUGAAGCUCGACAACCCCUACUGGCAGAACACUAUCGACGCUACUCUGAGGAUCAUGAAAGAAUUCAAGAAAAAACACAGUCUGUUGUGUAAAUGAGGGGCAAAACACUGUGAAAGGAUAGUUGUUUUUCACUUCUAAAUAUUAUAUAUAUAUAUAUAUAUAUAUAUAUAUAUAUAUAUAUAUAUAUAUAUAUAUAUAUAUACUUUAAAUGGCUGGGCACUUUUGAUAACUAACUUGCUGUUUUUUUCACAUUUCCAAUGUGUUUUUGUUUCAGGUGCAUUUACACAGUAUAGUCACAAUAGUUCUUUUCACUUUUAAAUGGAUUUGGGUGGCUUCUUAAGUACUUCUAACAUUGGUUUUUGAUCCUAAAGGAGUGCCUAUGUGUGAAAGAGAGCUAUUUCCUUAAAAACAAAUGAUCAGCCAGAAGGUGUUUACCUUUUCAUGCAAAUUAUGCAAUUAACUGAGAGAAGAACAUAAUGUAUCAAUUACUCAGAUAAGCAAGUGUGUUGGCUAAACUUGUAAAUUAAAAACAAAUGUAAUCUUUAAGUGGAACUCCUGUAAGCAGCCUUCCUCUCUGAAGUUUCUGAAUUACAGUAGUGUGUGAAGCCCAUCUAAAUCGCAUUCUAGAACCUGGUAGUCCUGAAGUUUGUUACAUAUCUUACAAAUGGUCAUCUGUUUUUGAAACAUGUAAUCCUUUACCUCUAAUGUGGUACAGUGUAUAACAAUAGUAAAGCAUAUCUAAUGAAUGGUAAAACAAACAUACACAAGUUAAAUUCAUGUGGUUUUAAACCACUAUUUAUAAACACAGGUAUCAAAAUGUCAGUAGUGUCAUAGCUGAGCAUGUGAAGCCCAUACUGCCUGCAAGAGAAUCAUGUUAGAACCUCCUUUUUCUCCUAAAUAGUCUCCUGUUUUGGGCAAAACACAAAUAACUACACUCCAUCCAAAAUACUUUAAAUAUGGAAUGUUUCCCAGCAAACAGCAUAUGUGCGCUCAUGUAAUAAGCAAUAUGACUAAUUGUGACAAGAAUGGCUGAGUGGGUGACGUCAGACCAGAAGACAGGAACACAAACGACAGAGAGAUGUGGAGUUUGGUGGAGCUGAGCGAAUGCUUUCGCUCAGCAUUUAAUGAAUAAACAGACAGAAAAUAAACGUUUGUAACAAAACACAAAAACAGGACACGGCACUUGCGCCAAAAUAAACAGACAUACAAAACGACUAACCACUAAACAGACGGUGCAGGACAGACGAACAAACACGGUGAGUGAAAACACUUAUCUUUACGAUUUUACUUUACUUUUACUUUAUAAUACCCUCCGUCUCCUAACCCGUUCUCCACUCACCGAACACCAACCUUUACACACAACACGUAACAUAUAACACACACAGGGGGGGCACUUUGCCACAUAUACCCCCCCUUGUGCAACGCACACAUGGCCUCAACGGCCACCUCCCCCCUUAAAUACCCAGCAGUCCAGGCAAAAGUCUCGGGCUGGGAAGGGAGGCUUCAGU